AUGGAUGUGUUUUGUCCCAUCAGAAUAGCUCUCACCAAGCGCUCCUCCGGUUCAGCACCUCUUGCCCCAAAGCGCCCACGACUCCCAAGACGACCUGAAGAACAUGAAGAUUUACUGACUGACGAGUCUGAGAUACCUCGCCGACCAUUGACUCCACUGCCAGCCCGCACUCGGAGUAGUCAAUCGACCACUGCCACCCAAAUAGCUCAUAAAGGCCUUCUCCAUUCUUCCGAAACUCCCACUGGAAGAAGCAGUCCUAGCAGGGUUGAAUUUCAUCUCCCCGGCGACCAUACUGACUUUGUUGAAGCGCAGGAGCAGGCUCAAGCAAUAGAGGCGCCAGAGGUGGAGGAAAUAGUUGAUACCAGCCACUCAGAGUAUGAUGAUUCUCCAGAGAACGAGCCCGAGAGUUCUGAGGAGAAUGAGGAUGAACCGGAGGAUGAACCUCAAGCCUCCACCCAGAGGUCUCAGACUGUCAGAAAGAGACCUCGCACAGCUCCGCCGACUACUGCCAAAGCACUGGGCAAUGCUCGGAGGAAAGCAACUGGCGCAGUAGCGGAGACUCGGAGGGUAACGCUUCAGAGGGGAGCUCGACUGGGCACAAAUGUAAUCCGGAAACAAGGUCAGGGUAGAGCAGCACCCAUUUCGGAACCCAGCGAGAAUGCAUCUCAGAGAGCACUGCCGGCAUCCCAGAGAGCACCCACUUCGGCACCCAGCCAGAAUGCAUCUCAGAGAGCACUCCCGGCAUCCCAGAGAGCACCGCCAAUACCCACACAGUCUAGGCCUUCUGAACCUAGCUCUGUGAGCAGUCCUCGGAUUCCUUCAAGCCCUCAAAUUCCUUCAGCCCAACCUCACAGCCAAAUUCGAUCGCAAGGAGUCUACGAAAUCGACUAUCUUCCCUCAUCCAGGGAGAACGAGAAUGCUCUGACGGCGGAAAGCGAGGUUCGUAUUCCAGAGAGCACUCACGACGUCUUUGAGAACACUGGCGACAUUCUUUCGAGCCAAUUGACUCAGAGGUCUUUGUUAUCCAACUCGAGGAGUGCAAAUGUACUCUCAAUGCAAGCACAGAGGAUUGAGAAAGAGUACCGCAUAUUAAUCGGGGAGCAUACGCUUCUACAUGAGCCGUUUCCACCUGCAGCAAGACUUUCGAUACUGGUAGUGAGCAUGUGGGCAACUGCAAGUCGCGGAGUGGGGUGUAGAGUAGACCUUGAUGAGGUCGUAAUUAAACAGGUCAGAAGUCUGCACUCCCGUGUCCGUUCCCACUUGAUGCACGAGGUGAAAGGGCGCCUGGCAGACUCUACGAUAUACGGGCUUGGAAAUCUUGUGGGGCCUGAGGCAAGGGCGGCUCAAGUCGAAUAUCUUUUGAAGAAUGAUCGUUUCUUGAGCCCCCAGCAGCAUUACCAGUCGCAGAAUGAGAGCGUUGUUAAAACGUUCAACAGGAUGAGUAACACAUGGAAGGGGAGGAGUAGACAGAAUCAGGAGGCAACUUUGGAGUUAAUCAAGGAUAACCUUCGAGAAAAGAUACGAGAAAAGAAGGGUGUAACGAUUGAGGUGAUACCGGAGGAUGGGUUUAGCGAGGACGAUGAAGCUUUGGCUGCGGAUCUUGCCGCAUUCCGAGAUGCUCGGAGAGCACUCAGGGGUGCUCCAGGAGGUCCUUCAAGUUCUGACAAUGGCCAGGACGAGGUGAUUCAUGCCCAACUUCGCGACAUUGACAGUGAAGAGGAGGGAGAGGAGGAAGAAGAGGAGCAACAACUACCAGUAGCGGGGGAUUGCGAAGGGGGCGGGGAGGAAGAUGUCUAG